UCCAAAAAAUUUCCCGACUGUGGCGUUGGUGAGCACUGCACAAACCUUGUAAAUUGCGAACCCUUGAUGUACUUUCUGGAAUCGGAGGAAAUGAGAACGUCCAACUACAAGCAAGAAAUAUUACAGGACAGACAAUGUGGUAAUGCAAAAUACUGCUGCCCAAAUAGAGGCCAUCAAGAAUUCUACAAGCAAUGCAUCAGUCUCGAUAAGUGUCUUCAGCUGAGUGGCCAAAAGAUGACGAUAGAUAUUCUGAAAUCAUCAAUAAACCGCAUAUGUCGCAUCGAUUUUCUGGAAGAAUACCUUCGCAAAAGAGUCUAUGUAUACUGUGAAAGAGAAGAGUUUGCUGAAUGCGAAUCCAAUGAGAUAUGUGCACGCAUCGGAAGCUGCCCUACUUUGGAGCUCAUCAAGAAACCCCCGAGAUAUGAAAUGGCCAACAAAAGAUUGAUGAGAAGGCAAUGUGCCGAAAAUUCUUACUGCUGUCCAAAGCAGGGUACAAACAGUACCACCAAACAGUACUACCAAACAGUAGUUUCAGUUUGCCAUCCCAAUCAAAGAUGUAUCCCAUGGAUUAAGUGCCACAAGAAUGUUAAACUUUCAUUGCCAAAUUCGAAGCCCCAUUCACCCGACAACAGAUGGUGUAACAUCGAUACCAGCGAGACACGUUUGGAGAAGCGCUUCUACACCUGUUGCCUGGAGCCAGGUAACGUUCUGCCAUCGUCCUGUGGACCAGUACCAUCGCCCUUCGAAAAUAAAUUUGACCGAGUGGUUAGGCCCAAUGCGUAUCCUUGGAUGGCCAUGCUUAUCUACGAGAAACGCAAACGCAAAGGCCCAUACGCGAAUAGCGUGUCCAAAUGUGCCGGCUCGCUGAUCAACACACGCUACGUGCUGACCGCUGCCCACUGUGUGACCAGAGGUGAAUCUAUAAGUCAGGGCUUGGUGCUAAGGAGAGUGCGGCUGGGCGAGCAUGACACCCACAAGAAUCCGGACUGCGACCAUGGCCCACCCUGCUCUGCCCCCUAUGUGGAGAUCGAUGUGGAGUACUUUAAAGUCCAUGAAGCAUACGCUAACACAUCGAGAUUCGAGAGCGACAUCGCCCUGGUGCGCCUCAAAGUGCCAGUUCGGUAUACAAAAGAAAUUCAACCGAUUUGUUUGCUGAAGGACCCCAUCAACUUACGUAAUAUGCCCUUGUUAAUAGCCGGUUGGGGCCAAACGGAAGUUGAAGCAAAUAGUUCGGUAUUGAGGUACGCCACCGUUUUUGAAGGCUUAAAAUACUGCAAGGAUACAUCGUUCUACCGCCCGGAAACACAAAUCUGCGCGGGUAGCCGGUAUGGAGAUAACGCCUGUGAUGGCGAUUCCGGAGGUCCCAUGAUGGUAAGCCUUCAUCAUGGCGGCGAGAAAUCCAUGUAUGUGGCAGGUAUCAUAUCAUAUGGAUAUAAAUGUGAUGGGGACACUGGAACUUUCUACACAGUCACUGGUACGUUCUUCAAAUGGAUAAAAGCAAAGUUGGAGCCCUAA